AUGUUUCGUGAUUUAACUAAGAUGCUUCAAGAACAAUUCCGACUUCCAAAAUUUCCAAAGGAACCUAUAGAGGAGAAUAGUUUACCGUUUAAGAUUGGUUCCAAUAUAUCGAUAAAAAACUACGACAAAUUUCUUGAAAGCCGUGAACUAUCUGGGUACAAGCUUGAAUAUAAUAACGGCAACGUAUUUGUUAUUGAUAUGUGCACGCAAGAACAUGAAUAUGUUGUUGCACUAUUGCAAGAUUAUUUCAAAAUUCCAAAUGGUGGUGUUAUUAUUGAUCCACCAAUAAUCGUUUCAGGUCAACCACUUCAUCCUUCACCAAAUGCAGAUGGACUUAGGAUUGCACCGGAUAUUGCAGUACAUCCAGAUAAGGCAUACGUUCCAAGACCUCCCAAUUCUGGACCUCUCAAUCUUGGACCUCCCCCAAGCGACACAAGGGGGAAUCCUCAUGCUAGAAUAGUAUGUGAGGUUGCAGUUAGUCAAAGUUACCGUGGAUUGAAAAAUAAGUGUGAACUUUGGAUGAGUCAGCAGUAUGUAAGAUGUGUAUUAGGAAUAAAACUUUAUGAUUUGCAAACUACACGAAAUACACAUGGACAAUUUAAUCGAUCAAUGAAGGCUAAAUUAUGGAGACAGGGAUUACCAACCAGAAAAUGGCAUUUUGGGACUGUGCAAAAAGGUAGUAGUCAACCUACUGGAUGUAAUGCUCCGGGUAACCCAGCAUAUCAGAUCAACAUUCCGAUAAGUGAUGUAUUUUAUGACCCACCUAUUCCAGCUAUUGGAUAUGUUCCACUGGUUUCUUAUCCUCGUCCUGCAAUUCUUGAUGACCCAAUUCUCGAAGAUGUUCUGGAACAACUAUAUAUGGAUCUUCAUAAUACCAGACAUAUCCUAACAAGUUUUGUAAUCGAGGAUGUGCAA